AGUAUCUUGCAGGUGCUGCGGAUCCAACGAGUGCGUUUUGUGGGAAUAAAUUCCUACCGCAGAGAAAACUAGCACCGAGGAGGAACACAGAGUCACUCACAGGAGGCGCUCGGCGGGGCGGGAUGGACUACAGUUAUGAUACUGAACUGGAAGAGUUGUGUCCAGUGUGUGGGGAUAAAGUUUCUGGAUAUCAUUAUGGAUUAUUGACCUGCGAGAGUUGCAAGGGUUUCUUCAAGAGGACCGUGCAGAAUAAUAAACGCUACACAUGUGCGGAGAGCCAGGACUGUAAAAUUGACAAAACUCAGAGGAAACGAUGUCCAUUCUGCCGUUUCCAGAAAUGUCUGAACGUCGGGAUGCGACUGGAGGCUGUGCGUGCGGAUCGGAUGCGAGGAGGGCGCAACAAAUUCGGUCCGAUGUACAAACGCGACCGGGCGUUAAAGCAACAGAAGAAAGCGUUUAUUCGUGCAAGUGGUUUAAAGAUGGAGGCCACGCCCCCUUUACUAUCAUCACCCCAAACCGACUACAGCUUCAACACAACACUGCCUGUCCCAACUCCAAAAACCAGCCACCCCAACGCUGGCACCACUCUGGCCCCUGUCGAUUAUGAACACAGUCUAUAUGCAUCAAGCUCGCUUGGUUUAUCUGUCCCUUUCUCUGCCCACACCCCACUCCCAGCACAGUACCCCUACCCACCCCUGCCCGGCCGUGCCAUCAAGUCUGAGUACCCCGACCACUACACAAGUUCAGAGCACUACACGAGCGCCAGCUCCCCAGAAUCUGUGCCGGGUUAUACGUAUGUAGACCAGACGCAAGUGUCGAUCAGCCCCCCGGGGACCACACCGGGCCUGACGGUACCAGCGCUGGUUCUGGAGUUUGUUCGCUGUGAGCAGGAUGAGCUGCAGGUGCAAAACAAGAUAAGCGCCCACCUGGCCCACCUGCAGCAGGAACAGAGCCCUCGGAGCACUGUAGCCAAUCAGGAACAGAAUGCACGCCACGCAGCCAAACCAGAACGGCUCACCACUUUUGGCCUAAUGUGCCACAUGGCCGAUCAGACGCUCUUCUCCAUCGUGGAGUGGGCACGGGGGUGCAUCUUCUUUAAGGAGCUCAAGGUAGGAGAUCAGAUGAAGUUGCUCCAUAACUGUUGGAGCGAACUUCUUGUGCUGGAUUACAUCGCCAGACAGUUGCAUCAUGGGAAAGCAGACAGUGUGCUUCUCAUUACAGGACAAGAGGUCGAGUUCACGACUUUACUGGCCCAGGCAGGGGUCACUCUGAGUGGAAUGAUACAGAGAGGUCAGGAGCUGGUGCAUCGUCUACAAGAACUUCAGCUGGACCGCAGAGAAACCGCCUGUCUGAAAUACCUAAUCCUCUUUAACCCGGAUGUGAAACUGUUGGAGAAUCAGCCUUACGUUGAAAACGUGUACGAACAAGUGAACGCAGCGUUGCUGGAGUACACGCUCUGCGUCUAUCCGCAAUAUCCGGACAGGUUCAGUCAGAUUCUCCUGCGCCUCCCCGAGCUCAGAGCGUUGAGCGCGCAGGCCGAAGAUUACCUGUGUUAUAAACACCUGAGCGGGGAGGUGCCGUGCAACAACCUCCUCAUCGAAAUGCUGCACGCCAAGAGAACCUGCAUCUGAUUCCCGCAUUCGAACACAGACCGGAUUCCUUCUCAGAAGACACUGUUACUGUGGUCUGUCGUCGACUAGGUGUUUCGCAGUGUGCGGGGACGAUAUCACCACGUGCAGAAAACCUCAUCAGCCAUGCCACUGUGUUUCAGAGAGAGAAGGGGAGAGCGUACAGAGGAUGACAGUUUACAAAAAAUAAUUAAAAAUUCCGUCACCUUACUCACCCUCAAGUUGACCAAAGCUGCUUAAAUGUCUUUGUUCUGUUGUCAACAAAAGAACACAAAGGAAGAUAUAUGGAAGAAUGUUAGCAAUUUUCAGUUUUGUGACAUCGUUCACAGCCAUGCUAGAAAAAAAAAAAUGUUUUUUUGUUCUGUUGAACACAAAAUGAGAUGUUUUGAAGAAUUUAGGAAAGCAAACAGUUCUGAGGCACCUUUGACUACCAUUUUAAUUUUUAAUCAAUGGUGGCCAAGAACUGAAAAUUGCUAACAUUCUUCCAAAUGUCUUCCUUUGUGUUUAGCAGAACAAAGGGUUUGGAACAACUUGAGGCUGAGUAAAUGAUGACAUAAUUUUCAUUAAGGGUGAACUGUUCCUUUAAAGGUGAAGCAAAUUCUAAUGUGCCUUCCCACUCGUUUGCACACGCACGCUAAUCCAGCACAUAGGCCCGAACCAUGCUGAUCAUCUCUUAUAUGUUGUUUUCAAAUAAAUGUAAUAGUGAAGAUGUGAUUGGUCUUUCAUAGGCUAUUGUCACCGUGUUUGGUUCUGGCUGAGAAUGCCAUAGCCUAUUUCUAUUGGUCGCUGAAGGCAAAAUCAUAUUCAACAUGACCAAUAAAAAUGCAGAGCAUGUGCGUAAGGAAUUUUAUUCGAAUCUUGACGUAUUUGUUUUCAUUAAUCAUCAGACGGGGCGUAAACAGUUUGCGGGCGGUCCGUGUUAUUUCAGGACAUAGCCUACUUAAGACAAAACUGAGCCUAAAUCAUAUAGUGAAAGCUAAGGGUUUUCUCAAGAGGGGCUCAAUGGCCUGUAAACAAGCUAAAUAUCCCUUCAGUCAGUCAGUAAAGCCCUUUUUGGGAGUAAGAGAAAGACUCACUCCCCCAACACAAAGUAUUUUUACAAGUCAGUGUGUGAAAGAACCAUGUGUGUGCAUAAAAGAGGAGGUAAAUUAUGCGAUUUUGCCUUAACACUGUAGAUCCUGUGAAGCUGAGAAAAUAAAUUGGCAUAAAAAUAUAUUCAGAUGUAUGUUCGUGUCUGUGCGUCACAGCGUGUGUGUGUGAGCAUGUGAAGAAAACUCAUCUCAAUAUUACGCCCCUCUCGAGCUGAUUAUGAUAUGUGAGCAUGUUUCUGAUUGGAUCGUUUUUUGUAAAGUGUGUGUCUGAUUGGUCAAGUUCUCCUUCAUGUAACAUGUUUGUGUUAAUGACAUUUGUUAAUAAUGUGUUUAAAUGUAUUGUU